GCCAAUGAGGGCAGCGGGGCCCGGCGGAGGGCGGGGCCAAGGCUCUUGAUGGAGCUGAGCCAUGGAGUCAGGAGGCGGCUGGAGGCGGCUGUGCUGCCGGCGAAGUGAAUGUGACCUCUUCUAAAGAGCCUGGCUCUACAGAGAAAGCUCCCACCAUGACACCGGGGAAGGAGCGAGAAGCAUUAUAUGAAGAUUCCUCGGGGGACGGCGUGAGCACCAUUUGCAACACCACACUACCAUCUCACCUUUCCGACUCCACAGAUGAAUUUACCACCUACUUUGAUCAGAAAAUACCUGUACCUGAAGAUGAAAAGCAUCCGUGGUUCAGUUUUCGAAAACUCUGGGCCUUCACUGGGCCUGGGUUUCUCAUGAGCAUAGCCUACUUGGAUCCAGGGAACAUAGAAUCGGAUCUGCAGUCUGGCGCCAUUGCAGGCUUUAAGCUGCUGUGGGUUCUCUUGCUAGCCACGAUCAUUGGCUUGCUUUUGCAGCGUCUGGCAGCGAGGCUGGGCGUGGUAACCGGACUUCAUCUGGCAGAAGUAUGCAACCGGCAGUAUCCCAAGGUCCCUCGGAUUAUUUUGUGGUUGAUGGUGGAGCUGGCCAUUGUUGGCUCAGAUAUGCAAGAAGUCAUCGGCUCAGCAAUCGCCAUUCACCUCCUGUCUGUUGGGAUAAUCCCUUUAUGGGGCGGAGUUCUCAUCACAAUUGCUGACACCUUUAUGUUUCUCUUCCUGGACAAGUACGGCUUGAGGAAACUGGAAGCUUUUUUCGGGUUCCUGAUUACCAUUAUGGCCCUUACGUUUGGAUAUGAGUAUUUUAGGGUGGGACCAGACCAGGGCCAGUUGCUGAAAGGGAUGUUCAUGCCAUACUGUGAAGGCUGCGGCAUCCCUCAGCUAGAGCAAGCCGUCGGGAUCGUGGGUGCUGUCAUCAUGCCGCACAACAUGUACUUGCAUUCUGCGCUGGUCAAGUCUCGACAGGUGAAUCGGGCCAACAAGAAGGAGGUCAGUGAGGCCAACAAAUAUUUCUUCAUAGAAUCCUGCAUUGCCCUCUUCAUCUCCUUCAUUAUAAACGUCUUUGUCGUUUCGGUCUUUGCCCAAGCCUUCUUCGGAAAGACAAACAAAGACUUGCAAGAAAUGUGUGCAAAUAAAACCUUUGCUCCACCUUCGUUGUUUCAAUCAAAUGGGACCCUGGAUGUCGAUAUCUAUAAAGGGGGUGUUGUUCUGGGUUGUUCUUUUGGCCCGGCUGCUCUCUACAUCUGGGCUAUCGGGAUUCUCGCUGCAGGUCAGAGUUCGACAAUGACGGGAACAUACUCUGGACAAUUUGUCAUGGAGGGGUUCCUCAAUCUGAAGUGGUCGCGCUUUGCUAGAGUGGUUUUGACUCGCUCCAUUGCCAUCACGCCCACCCUCCUGGUUGCCAUUUUCCAAGAUGUGGAACGCCUGACUGGCAUGAACGACUUCCUCAACGUUCUUAUGAGCCUGCAGCUUCCUUUUGCAUUAAUUCCAGUCCUCACAUUCACCAGUUUGCGUCCUGUGAUGAAUGACUUCGCCAAUGGCCUGGCCUGGAAGAUCGCUGGGGGAAUUCUCAUUCUUAUCAUCUGCGCCAUCAACAUGUAUUUUGUGGUGUCGUAUGUAACUGGCCUGGGACAAACCCUCUAUUAUGUGAUUGCUUCACUUCUCAGCAUUGUCUACCUAGCCUUCGUGGCAUAUUUGACUUGGCUGUGCCUAAUAGCUCUCGGAGCCUCCUUCCUGGCCUGUGGUCGCACGUAUCACCUGGGACUCACUGGUCAUCCAGAACUCUUCCUCCUCAACAACAUUGAUGCCGACCAAGCCUCGAUUAGAUGACUCCCCUCCGAACUAGUAAGGGUGUGACUUUAAAGACAAAGAACAUAAAGCCCUCCUAUGCUGCCCUAAACCAAGUUUGAUUGGUUCUGAUAUGUUACUGCAAACAUCCAAUAAUUUGCAACUUCGAGAGAGAGGAGCACAAGGGGAAAGGAAUUACUGUAUGCUAUUAAGGAUCGUCUGGUACACUGGAAAAUAGACUUCUUUAGAAGCUGUGCCUAAGGUCACCUAGAAAAGUUACAAAAGGACUGACAGAGAGCCUGGGUUAAAUCAUUGUGAAGCUGAGAUUGUAUGUAAUAGUGAUGGACAGGCACAUAUCUUGAAAUUUGGGCCGCCACCGAACAUCUUCAAAAUCCUGGGGGUGUGGGUACUAAAAUUUGAAAAGCAAUUAGCGGGAGGUGGGUGCUGAACUCUUCAUUCAACCGCUGGCCUCCCUCUCUACCCAGCUACCUCUCCCCGUACCCCCAGCGUUUUACUCCUAGUUGGAUCUCAUUUCUGGCCUCAAAUUGGGAGAAACGUGCCAGGGGCAAACUUGUUUAUUUGGAGGCAGGGUCUAGCAAUAGCAGACGGAGAGUUCCAUACCCCUGUUUUGUCUGUCAUUUUCCCUUUUGAAAGCCCUUUACUUGCUUUACAGGUAUUUGACAGUGACCCAUACUUGAAACAUAAUAACUACAGUAACGGUACUGGUGAUUUGAUUUCCGUUUGAUGCAGAUCACUGUCUUUCCUGUCUAAGGGAGAAAUGAUCACACACCCCUCAAUUUCUGGGAAACUUACAAGCGUCUUUUCUGAAAGUUGAGAAAUAUCCUUGGCAUUUUAUCCUCAAUACUAUCCUGUUAUCAAGGAGUCCAAAUGGAAUCCAGCAGGUUCACUAUUCCAGAUGGAGAAUUGGGGCUUUUGUUUGACACAGAGUGCACCCAGCCUGGCUAUCUCCAUGGUCCUUCUCGCUAUUGGAUUAGGAAACUAACAUAAUUGAAUUUUCCUUGUGGAUGAGGAAACUUGUUCUAUGUGCAGAGCUGCGAUUGCAAGACUAAGUCCAUGAGAUUCAAGUAUUACAGCUUUUCUUUUUUUCGAGAAGCAAAAGAACUCUAGCCUGCAACUCCUGCUUCUUCUGCUGACCCUAUUAAUAUUUUUAUAUAUAUUUUUACAGCACCAUCAUCGUACAGGGUGCCAUACAGCGUUACAAGAGCCCCUUCCUUUCCUUUUGACUACUGCUCAAUUUGGUACAGAGUUGUUAAAAUGACAUGGCUGGCAAAAUCUCACAUCAGCUGACUCCUUUAACUCACACUGCACAUACUUUGUGCUUAAUAUGUCACAUCUGAUUUAUUAGGUAAAACUUGAAAUAACAGUUUCAUAAAGAGUUGCAGCUUGCGUCAUUUACUCUGCUGUUGGAAAUGUGUGUUUUUAAUUUACAGCAAAUUAAGGGUCCUUUUUUCCUGUAUUAGUGUGACAUUUUACCCGGUUAAUUUAACAACACAUUCAGUCACAGCUUACAUUAUAAUCCAAAGCCAAUAUAGAAGUGAUGCAAAUUUAGUUUAGGCCUUGCAGUGCUCUGUCAAGGUUUCAGCCAAUCCUCGAUAUUUGAGUAGAGUUGUUCAUUGUAUGAACAGAAGAUGGUACCUACCUGUUCCUUAAGUUUUAUCCCUGAAACUUUCCCCAAGUUUCUAGCCCUCGUGCUCACAGAACAGACACAUAUGGCCAUGUACAUGCAGUAUCUGCAGAAAAUGCCAGUAUUUAAUCAAGUUUGCAGCUGUUCUAGUUUGCAAAGUUGGCCACAUAUAUUAGAGUUGUCUGAAUGUUCUCUGUGAUGCGAGACAACUUGGUACUGCCAUUGCACUUGAAACAGUAUAGACACCAUCAUACUAAUAGCUCCUUUGCUCUACAAAUUGCAUUUCUUCAUUGCAUAAGGAGAGUCACCCAUUCUGUAACUUAUUGCAGACAGCCUAAGGCUUGAGUUCAGUUCAUAAUCAACUUGCUAGUAAGCUGCAUUCAACUCAGUGGGGCUUGAUUCUGAGUAAGCAUGCAUAGAAUCAGGUGUUGCUUUGCUUCCUACCUUAAAUUGGAUGAUUUGUGUGCAUCAAAAACAUGCCACAUUCACACGCACAAACUUGGGCACAAGAAGUGUGUCCCGCUGAACUUGGGCAAAAUAGAUAUGUUUGAACCAAAGUGAGAAGGCUUCCAGGGCAGCCCCUCUGUUCUAAAAAUGUCACGUGUAUCUUCCACUCAGGAUGCACCAAAGAUCUGCAGUUGUUACAAGACAAGGCCGGUUUCUGCUGGAUGGUAUAUAUGCAAUCUGUGCUCUGUUACAAAACCCAUUCAGGUUUCAAGACAAGCCCUGCUGGGUCAGGUCAAAGGCCCAUCUAGUUCAUCACCCUAUUCUCAGCCAGGUGCCUAUGGGAAGCCACAAGUAGGACUUGAGUACAACAGUACUCUCACUACUUGUGAUUCCUAAGCAAGAGGAAUUCAGAAGUAUAUUUGGUAUUCUUGUUUUAUAUUCGGCACUAAUUUAUAUUAAAUGUACUGAUCAUUAUUUGUUUCAACAGAGGUCCAGGUUUUCAAAUAAAUAUGUCAACUCUA